AUGGCUAUCAAAAAUAACUUCCUCCAUCAACUGAACAAUUUUGUUGACACGGGCAAGGACCAUUUGGAUGCAAAAAUUGAGAUCCAUACUAAUCGUGCCACCAAGAAUCUACAACAGGAAUGGAAGGGGAUACAUAUUUUAGGGCUAGGGAAUGGAGGAGGAACACAAGUGGAUAGUAAAGUAUUACAAACAUUUCAAAAGAGUUUUGUUCAAGUUCAAAACAUAUUAGAUCAAAAUAGAUUACUUAUCAAUGAGAUAAAUCAAAACCAUGAAUCGAAGAUACCGGAUAAUUUGAGUAGGAAUGUGGGUUUAAUUAGAGAACUCAAUAAUAAUAUUAGAAGAGUAGUUGAUCUAUAUGGAGAUCUUUCAAGUUCAUUUGCUAAAUCUAUGGAUGUUUCAUCAGAAGGUGAUUCUAUGGGUGGUGGGUCCAUGAAAUCUGGUCAGAAAAGAAUUAAACAUGGUUGAUAUUGUUGAUUCAAAUAUGUACCCUAGCAUGGUGAGAAAAGAGAAAGAAAAGUUGGGAUAUGAUCAAGGCUUAGAAGAAGAUUAUUGGGGAUGAUUGUUAGUAGAUUUUAUAAGCUCAUUUUGUGAAUUCAUGAGUAGUAGAUCAAUGUUUCAGUUUUCUUUUUAGCAAGUACUUGUUUCCGCUGUUUAUUCUCUUAAAGAAGAAUAGUAAUUGUUGGAAAUUUGAUCAUCACCUCUGUAUGUCAAUGUACUUUCUUUCUCUUUAAGAUCAUUGAAAUUAUUAAUUCAUGCCCAUUAAAAAUUUCUGCUUCA